CCUGAACUUCACAUGUAUGAAGUUGCUAUUUAUAACAAUUCAUUUUAUACCAACACCUCAUUUCACCUAGGGAAGACUUCGUCUCAAACCUUGGCCUCGUGUCGACGGAUGAUUAAACAUGGCAUUCGCCGCCACAUUGGGUGCGCUAACUGAAGAAUUAGUUGAAGUUAUCACAUCAACAUCAAUUCAGUCAGAUCCUCAGCGCUUCAAUGUUCUGAAAGAAUCAAGCCUGCGAAGCAUUCGUUACCACAAUUUUUUGCGCACGAAUCAAUUCGAUGUUGAGGGAAAACUCGACGGUUUUGAAGAACAUUUCCGUGUUGUCAAUCGGGACAAGCUAGCUGAUGCUUUAAGGGAGCGUCUAGAUGCACUCUCCCACAUCUCCAACAAUUGGACGCCUGACAUCCUCCAGCUAUUAUUACUGCUUGAAGAUCAACCUAUUAAAAAAACUAAGCUAGCUGAUCUUGAAUUACUCAAGGCACCGGAAGAGGAUCCUGGCCCUCCCCUUCGAUGGGAGGAUAUCUCUAAAGAGGGCUGGGAUCAAGAUCGCGAUUUAUGGAAAAACGCCAGAUUCAAUGGGGACAGCUCUGAUGAGUAUUUGGAUGAUAUAUCUAAUAUCUCAGCCGAAGAUGAACUCACUUCAGUGUCGUCCACCGAGGCACAGUAUCAGAAACUUCCCACGGAUUUUAUUAUUAAUUCUCAAAAUGAAGACGGUCUAAGCCAGGUUCGUGAGACGCAACUUUGGAGGAAUACCGUGCCAUCAAAGGACGCAGCAGGUAGAUCUCAGAAGAUCAUCAUGUCAGAAUUCCAGGCAGUACGCGAAGUGCUCUUCAUGCUAAGUGGUCUGAAAAAUACUCUAUUUGACCCCCAAGGAGUCCCGUCUCUUCAAUUUCAAUUGAAAUAUACUUCGUGGGAAGUCUACAAAGCGCUGCUAGGUUCACUUAGCGAGGCGGGUCGGCAAUUGUAUAUUCUCCGCGAAUUCGCGAAGCACCCUCAACAUGUCCCGCUUCUGCAAGUGUUUCAAGAGGCCGUCCAAACCCGUCUUCGGUCGUUCGACAUCGAAAUUUCAAACUUGCAACGCCGACAUGUAGAUAUACAGGAAGAUGUCGUCAUCAGUAUAGCAAGAGUCCUAGACGAUGUAAACCCUCAUCUACGACCCCUAGCUUCUCUUUCGGAUAUUGUUCACCAACUCCAAAGAUCAAAAUACCCUCACCCAUUUCAUUACCUAGAGCUUCUUUAUGAUUCUGCUAAAGUUGCUCAGUUAGAAGGAAACGAUGUAGUAUACGAAUUCAUUGCUACUUUGUUCUUCGAAUGCUUUCAAGUUUACCUACGCUCUAUUCGGCUUUGGAUGGAAGCUGGAGAGCUUAUCGAGGAUGACAAAACCUUCUUCAUUUCUAGUUCGUCAGGCCAAGUUCCCAAGAGCCAGGUCUGGGCAGAUCAAUUUACAUUAAGGAAGACUUCUGAUGGCAUACUAUAUGUACCGCGAUUUUUGCAACCCGCAGCGUCCAAAAUCCUCAUAACCGGCAAGAGUGUUGUUGUCCUCAAGCUUCUAGGGAAAUAUCAACCAACCAAUGUUCAAACGCCGGAGUCAUCCUUAGAAGUCAGUGGAAAAUUGAUGUCUACCUAUGGAGCUUUUGCACCCUUCUCCGAGAUUUUCAACGACACGUUCGAUAAAUGGAUGGAGAGCAAGCAUCAUGCCGCAUCUACAACUCUUCAACGAACCCUAUUCGAAUCGUGUAAUCUUUGGUCGGUCUUAGAUUCCCUCCGACAUGUGUAUCUUAUGUCGGACGGUUCGCGAUCCGAUUCAUUUACAUUUGCGAUAUUCAACAAUCUCGACCUCCUCAAUGCUAAUUGGCAUGAUCGAUUCAACUUGACUUCUCUGGCUCAUGAGGCAUUCGAUGCUCUUCCUGAUGCUCAUCAGAUAGCCGUCAAUGUAUCUGCAGACGGUCUUAAAAAUAAUGUAACCGAAAUUCGAAGAUCUGUCCAUGCAGGUCUACCAUUUAUCCGAAUAAUCCAUCGCUUGUCUUGGCCAAUUCGGAUCAUCCUAUCAGAUGAGAGCCUUACUCAUUAUCAAGCAGCCUUCACCUUUUUGCUACAACUCCGACGGGCAACUUACGUUCUCCAUAAACAUCGUUUCGUCUCUGAUAGCAUUUCGGGUACAGCAAUCACAUCGUCAGACCAAUCAAUGUACUAUGGACUCAGGGCAAAGUUUCUCUGGUUCUGCAAUAUUCUUCAUUCCUAUCUUAACACAUUAGUCCUAGAACCACUCACGGCGCAGCUUCACGAGACGCUCCGGCAGUCAGACGACGUAACUGCUAUGGUCGCCUCGCACAGUGCAUUCACAAAGCAGAUGAUUGGUGAAAUGUGCCUGGGUGGCAAACUUGACCCUAUCCGACAAUGCAUUCUGGACAUGUUCGACCUCACCAUCAGACUACAAGAUGCACGCCAAUUAGAAUCCGAAAGAGAGCAAGAAGAGUUCCAAGAGCUAUCACGGUUAUCGGUGAUGUCUUCGCCGAUGAAGCAUAAGAGGUAUCUCAAGAGUGAUGAGGAGGAAGACGAAACAUUCCUUUUUGAACAAGACAAAAGUUUGAUGAUGCAAGAUAAGGAGAUGUCGUUUACGGAAGUUCUCAGGGAGAUCCAAGCCGACUUUGAUCGUCACCUGAAAUUUAUUUCCAGUGGCUUGAGAGGGGUUGCAAGAGCCAGUGGAGAUACCGCAGCAGUAAAAUGGGACACUCUGGCUGAAAUGCUCGAGGUUGGGAUACAGGGGCGUAGGUAGCCACAAUAACUCAUAGUUCCGAUAUCUCCAGGAACAUGUCGCUUAUGUUAC